AUGUCAAAGGAUUUGGUAUUGCGCAACCAAUCGCAGGCUGUUACCACUUUGAAUAGACCAGCUAUUGUUCUGGACGAAGACACAUAUACCGAUGCCAUCAGUUACAUUAUAGAACGGGAUUUUUUUCCUAAUCUUGCUAAAUUGAGGGCGCAGCAGGAAUACUUUCAUGCUGAAGAAUCCGGCGACCUUGUUCGUCUGCAGCAAGCUGGAAGAGAAUUGAAAAGACUCACCACUACUCCCAGGACCACUCGACUAGGUACUAGCCAGUCUAUCGCCAAACAAGCCGUAGUUCAAAAAGCCUCCGUGCCAGACAGUAUCCCAAAGGAUGUAGACCUCAGUUUAUCGCUUGAUCAGUUCCAAGCCCGAUAUACCUCUGAAGACAAUGCCUCGUUUAUCGAUCUACUGGGAAAAGCAAAUGAGCAGCGUAAAGAAAAGCACAAAUGGGUAUGGGAUAAAGAGAGUAACCAGCUGCGUAUCAAGGAGGCUCCUCAUGUUGAAAGCGCCUUGACCAUUGUCGAUGAACGUGACGCUUUGCCUGGCACCUGGAAAUACAAGGCUCGAAAUGCUCUUAUGUAUCAACCUGAUGUCGAUAGUCUCAAAACCAAAAGUUCCAUCAAUCCUGAUGAUGGUAGAGGUUCACCAAAGGCUGUCAUACAUGCCAACACGCAGUUUGAUGUUCAAAAUAUGGAGAUAUCCAAUGCAAACAAGCCUCAGUCAGUACGGGAUGCGCAGAGUGGGAAGAUGACACCGUGGAACAAGCUCAGUGGCGACGAUGACAUGGACAUGCCGGAGUUCGGCGGUUAUAAUCUGGUGCCGGAAUCCCCAUCUAUCAAUCCAUCCAGUUUGAAUACACCUUUGAUGACCUGGGGUGAAAUUGAGGGUACACCCAUGUUAAUAGCUGGUUCAGAAACCCCAGGACCCAAUUCGUUUCGAUUACCACAACCAUCCCGCCGCGAGCAGCUAGGUCACAAAUUAUCAGAACGAGCAUCGAAAAGCUAUCGCACCCGAGCUGCCACAAACCAGGCUGGUAAAGUCACGAAGGCGGGUUUGACACCUCGAUUUGGAUCAGGUAUCAUGUCACCGGCUGCACAGCACCUGCUUCGCAAAGGAACCGACCGUACCCCUUCUUUCAACGAUGCUUUACGUGCAUCUUACGGCUCAGGGUCUGGCACUCCACAAAAUGCAAGGUCGCAAGCAACACCUACACCAUUAUUCCGCGCAGGUUCUACGCGCUCUUUUGCAACUCCUACCCCUAUACAGAAGCGAUAG